AUGCCCCAGGCUCGGAGCAUACAGGAUGAUCAGAUGAUACGAACUAACAAUUGUCAAGGUGCUAUAACAACUCUCCUUACGAACCCGAUUUGGGUAGUCAAGACACGGAUGCUCACCACUUCAAGUUCUUCUACUCCCUUGACCGAUUCUCAUGCUGCAACCCCUGGCGACGCUUAUUCCAGCAUCAUAGCCAGUGGUCGCACCAUCUACCAUAAAGAGGGCAUAGCUGGAUUCUACCGUGGCCUCCUACCUGCAAGUUUCGGCGUUAUCCACGGCGCUCUUCAGUUCAUGACCUACGAGAAAUUGAAGCUGGUGCUACGUGAAAGGAAAAGUACCCGAGGGCACCAACAGAGUAACACACAACUCAAUGCGCUUGAUAUAGCCGUUGCAUCAGGCCUGUCGCGGAUCUUUGCGGGUGGACUGACAUACCCUUACCAGGUCCUGCGCUCUCGAAUGCAGCUUGGAGAUUCACAGGGGUUUAUCUCGUUGACUCAGAGGAUGUGGAAGAAGGAAGGAAUCAUCUCGUUUUAUCGCGGCAUGGGGCCUGGUCUGUUUCGCGUCUUACCGAGCACAUGGUUGACUUUCUUGACUUAUGAGGAAGUAAAAAAGGCACUUGGAGGGGCAGAUUAUAUCUAG